UUUUAUUCCUAAAUAAUUCUAGUUUAAUUUAUAUAUCUAUAAAAUACUUUAUUCAACUUGCUUUCCCAUUUUGUUUCGCUGUAAUUCCAUUUGAAGCAAAUGCAUUUGGAUCUGCCCGUAAUUGGGUUUAGUCCUUGCACAUUAUCCUUUGCGCUGCUUAUCAGCGUUUUGCACGCCUGAGCGCGCAAUGAAAUGGAAAAUUCGAUUUUCUGCAAUUGAAAAUGUUCUUAUCAAACACUCAAGCAGUCAGCUAGUCGGCCAGGCAGGCAGUAAAUCAGCCUGGGCAGCCAGCUAGCGCUUCCUGCAGUCUCAUUUGGCCUCUGCUGCUGAAGCGAACAGGACGCGUCCAUGGCGAGCAUUGAGAGCGAGUUGGCGCAGUUUGUGGCGCAGUGCCGGAAGCAGGAAUUCAGCGAGUCGGAAAUGCGCAGCAUAUGCCAGCCAAUCCUCUGGCAUUGGCGACUACUGAAACUGAGAAAGUGGGUGCAGUGGCUCCUGCUGCCCGCAGUGCUGGUCUAUCUGCUGUGGAGCUGCUGCGACAGCUGUGCCUGGACAUUGAGCGCCCUGGGGCGCUUGCUCCUAAUCGAGCUGCUGCCCUAUUGGGACUGGACGCCCUACUACAAUGCCAAGUGCCUGAUCGAACGGGAGUCGGAGCGGAGCACUGACUGGCAGCCGAAGGCGCUGGGCAGACACGAAACUCUCUGGGAGAACUGUGCGCUGUGCGAGCAGCUGGAGAGCAUUCCCGUCGUCUCUAAUGCCAGCUACUCCCUGCUGGAAGCGGAGUAUCUGGAGCGCGGUCUGCCAGUUAUCGUGGGCGACUGCCAGCUCGAGCUGAGCUUGGACCAGUUGCUGCAGCGAUUGCUGGAGAGGGCACCAGAGCUGCUCUCCAGCGAGCCCUGCGACGUCUCCAGCAAUCUGAUGCUGCGACAACUCUUCAAUUUGGAUGCUGCUCUGCAGAAGAUUCCAACCAGCCCCGGCUGGCAUCUGCACUUCCGCAACUGUGAGUCGCGGGCGGUGAAGGCUUCGCGUCUCUAUGCCGACAAGCCCUACUACUACCCCGUGCAUCUGGAGCCCUACUACUCCAGCUGGCUGCUGCUGGCGCAUCGGCAGCAGCGCCCGCAAACGGAGAUCUAUGUGCGUGGCCUGAUCUUCAUACAACAGCUGAGUGGCCACUUCGACUGGCAGCUGCGCCCCAAGCAGCCCUGCCAGGAGUACAAUUGCCCCAAUCUGAGUCUGCGCUUGGCUGCGGGCGAGUGCCUGGUCUACUCCACGGAUCUGUGGCGUCUCAGCUACGGAGUGCAGCAGCAGCCGAAUGGUAGCGACACCUCCAUUGCCACACUGUUCGAGGUGAAUUGGCAGCUGUAGGAGAAGUUAUGGAACAUAAGAAAUCAUAGAUCAUCUAUACAUAUAUGUAUAUGAAAUAACUCAGAUAACUACGAACUGGAAGUGAGUUAUUAAACGUCAAAUAAGAUGUGGUUCCAUAAUAUACAGAUAUAGGAAAUGCAGAAAUAUAAAUCAGUUCUAGAUAGCCAAAAGUUUCCUUUUUCAUUCCACUCCUAUCUAAUAAUACAAGAAAUAAUCCCACAUUUCCCGAAAAUAAAUAAUGGGAUCCCUCAACCUCUAUAUAUAUUAUUCUCCGCUAUUCUCUCCACUAUUCUAUUCUCUAUACUAUUCUCUUUGUGCUAACUCAACGCUGUCAUAAAUAAGAUAUAUAUUAAUUAGUUAAUACUUAUAGAUAUCCCAUUCCAAUAAAAAAGGA